AAUAAAUAACCGGAAGAAGAAGAAGAAGAACAGCCUCUCCUUCGCUAGCUAGCUAGCUGCAGGAAAGUAGCGUCAAAAAAAUCAGGAUAUUCUCAUAAUGAGUUAUGCGGAGAAGCCGGACGACAUAACAAGGGAAGAAUGGAUGGAUAAGCUCAACAAUGUCCAUAUUCAAAGAGCUGAUAUGAACCGGCUCAUUAUGAAUUACCUGGUCACAGAGGGCUUCAAGGAGGCAGCGGAGAAGUUCAGGAUGGAGUCUGGAAUAGAGCCCAGCGUCGACUUGGACUCCCUAGAUGAGAGGAUUAAGAUCAGAGAGAUGAUCUUGAAGGGACAGAUCCAGGACGCCAUUGCACUGAUCAACAGUCUGCACCCAGAGCUGCUGGAUACUAACCGUUACCUCUACUUCCACUUACAGCAGCAGCAUCUGAUCGAGCUGAUCCGUUUGAGGGAGACCGAAGCGGCGCUUGAAUUUGCCCAGUCACAGUUAGCAGAGCAGGGGGAGGAGAGCCGAGAAUGUUUGACGGAGAUGGAGAGGACGCUGGCGCUGCUGGCCUUCGACAACCCCGAGGAUUCACCCUUUGGGGAUCUGCUCAAUAUGAUGCAGAGACAAAAGGUAUGGAGCGAAGUGAAUCAGUGCGUGCUAGACUAUGAAAACAGAGAGUCAACACCCAAGCUGGCCAAGCUGCUGAAGCUCCUGCUUUGGGCUCAAAAUGAACUUGACCAAAAGAAAGUGAAGUAUCCCAAAAUGACAGACCUCAGCAAGGGAACCAUCGAAGACCCAAAAUAAGGACCUACAGUGAAAACAUACAACACCAUUACAAGAAACGGACACAUUUCCCUUAUCUAUUUAUACCACAAGAAGCUGACUCCUAUACAGUACAACCUUUUCUUUUUUUGUAAGGGUUGCUUUUUGAUACUUUAAUAACUCAGAAUGUGCAAACUGGAUUGAUGGCAUUUCAAAAUGACUUCUCAUACUUAACAUGCAGACCAUUAUUGACUCGGUAUUAUAAUUGACAUAUUUGUUUAUGUGAAAUGAGUAUAUUUCCUCUAGUUUUUCUGUCUGUUGGCAGGGAAAGUUGUCGCCAUAGAAGGGUGUGAAUAAAGCCUAAAUUAGGCUGUCACUAUCUAUGUGUGACCGGUUUGAUGUUCAGGGAAAAUGGUUGGCUAGGUGUGCACUUCCUAUAAUAAACAAACCUUUACCGUACAUCCAAACAUACACAUUUCAGCUAGUAAUUCUUAACUAGUACUCUGUGACGGCAUCAGCCGAUACAAGAUACUCAAGAUCUUUCAAACUACUGUGACUUUGAAAGUUGAAUUGAGCUUAAGAUGCUUGAGACAUUAUAAAAGAGACUGGAACAGAUAAACUUUCUAGCUGUUCAUCAAAGUAGCAGUUAACAAAUGGAUCAAGGCAAGAUAAAAGAACAGUUUAGAGGCAGCCUUAGUUUCAUACAGUUAUAUAGUAUCACAGAUAUUAACAGAUUUGAAUGAAUAAGACACUUUUACAGAAGGAAUAUUGACAUGUAUGGAACAAGUAGCUCUUUUGCUAAAUUUGAUGUGCUUUUUUUUGCUGGGAUAUUGUUUUGCAAUAAACGUGGAAUUUGGAACUGCGCAAGUCAUAAAAGAC